AUGCCAGACGGUACAGCUCCGCUUCCUGUCGCCAUCGCCGGGCUGUUCGACAAGUGUCCGGUGACAGUCCUGGACCACUUGGCCUUCCCGCACCUCCUCGAAGCCGUGCUCGACUCUGCAUCCCCGUCGUCCCUCCUAGCACUCCGGACAGCCUGUCGCGCACUAAAAAAUGCUGCCGAUUCUCGACUGGCCCACCACAUUGUCCUUGUCGACGCCCUCCGCACCCCCGACCUGCUACUACGUAUCCCACCAACACUAUUCGCACACACACGUAUCCUCGAAUUGCGUGCUCUCAAGACCGAACACCAGCACGCCGGGAUAGCAUGUACCGGGUGCGGCGUGCGCCGCCGCGACGCAGCCAUGAAAGCCCUCCAAGACGCAAUGCCCCUGUUUACGGGACUGCACGUCGUUCGCGUCGGUGACCUGGGGUGUGACUGGGCCGAAGCGGCACAGUUCAAGCGCCUCCGCACGGCAUGGGUGGUAUAUGACGCCGCCGAUCCGCUCCCCGUCAACGCUGAGAAUGUCGUCCUCAACCGAACGGUGGGUAAGGCGCUCUAUGGCCUUAAGGGACACGUGUACCUCUACCCCCCGUGUGUUGAUGUACUUGCCGACCUCCUCGAUACUGUUGCGGACACCGUCUUCGCCCGGCGCCAAUCCGCGACAUUCACUCUCGUUGACGCGGAGCGGUACGGCCUUAGCCCUGGUUGCGUGCGCCAAGUCCUCAGUAGACGCGGUGGGCAGAACGCACGUGUUGACCUCGUACGCUUCCUCUCGGUAUCCGAGUUCGGCGCGGUGGCGGGCGAGGAGGUGCUACGUCUCCUUUGA